AUGACGGCCGGAUCGCGGCGCUUCCCGAGAAAGGGGCUCUCCGGUAAAGAGAAGUUCGCCAAGCCGUACAAGGGCGUCAUGCUGCACUUACAGGCUGCGAGGCAGUCGGAAGCGGCGGCUUUUGCGCACCCGCUAGCCGCCGAGGCCGCUCAGAGCGUGUUAGGAGGAGAGCUCUUCCCCCCGCUCUUCUUCACGAGGCGCCCAACUUGGGCUCUCGCUGCUCUCGGCCCGAGUACCGGCCAGGGCAGUCUCGUUAGGUUCAAACUAGCAGCGGGCUGGGCAGCGCUGGAGUUUGCGAGAAGCUCGGGCUUCAACCAGAGCAAUUGCAGUGCCAGGAAUCGAAUUACGGCGUUUUCGGAGGUUCCCGAGACGGCCCGGCCCGUCCUGCGCUCGCCGCACACCCUCGAUGGGCAUUUUAUCCGCGCGCUCAGCCCACGGGAGCGGGAGCCGCGGUCCUCUCGCAGCCGCGACAGGCUACUGGCCGAGGGCAUCUGCGACAACGACACGGUGCCCAGCGUCUCCUCCAUAAACAGGAUUAUCAGAACCAAAGUUCAGCAACCCUUCCACCCAACGCCGGACGGGAGCGGGACAGGCGUGACUGCACCAGGACACACCAUCGUGCCCAGCACAGCAUCCCCUCCCGUCUCCAGUGCCUCCAAUGAUCCAGUGGGCUCUUACUCCAUUAACGGGAUCCUGGGGAUUCCUCGGUCGAAUGGCGAGAAGAGGAAACGUGAUGAAGAUGUAUCCGAGGGCUCGGUUCCCAACGGAGAUUCCCAGAGCAGCGUGGACAGUUUGCGGAAGCACCUUCGUGCCGACACUUUUACCCAGCAGCAGCUGGAAGCUUUAGAUCGAGUUUUUGAGCGUCCUUCUUACCCUGACGUCUUUCAAACAUCAGAACACAUCAAAUCUGAGCAGGGCAAUGAGUACUCCCUCCCAGCUCUGACCCCGGGUCUCGAUGAAGUCAAAUCAAGUCUAUCCACCUCUGCUAACCCAGACCUGGGGACCAACGUGUCAGGACCCCAGACAUACCCUGUGGUGACCGAAAACCUCUCCUCUCCCCUCAGUAUAAAGCAAGAGCCUCAUGGAGCCUCUCUCACCCCUUUCACCCCCACCACGCCGGCGGGCUCUGGGCAGGCUGACCUGCAGCCCUUCCACCUGGCCCUGUCCGACGAUGCGUCCACGCCUUGCUACGGCGCCUUCCUCCACCACGGCGCCCACUUUGGGCAGUCCGGCAGCCAGCCGCUCAUAGCAGGUCGUGAUAUGGCAAGCACCACCUUGCCUGGCUACCCACCCCACGUGCCCCCAACUGGACAAGGCAGCUACCCAACCUCAACUCUUGCAGGAAUGGUACCUGGGAGCGAGUUCUCGGGGAAUCCGUACAGCCACCCUCAGUACACAACCUACAACGAGGCCUGGCGAUUCAGCAACCCGGCAUUACUAAGUUCCCCUUAUUAUUAUAGUGCCACAUCCCGGGGCUCCGCACCUCCCACUGCUGCCGCUGCCUAUGACCGCCACUAG